CCCGGUGCCUGCUUCACCCUCCUACCUCAGUGGCCUUAAAUCAGCGUCAAACCCAAGACCCGAAAUCUCAUCAUCAUCAUCAUCAUCAUCAGCUUGUGGAGCAACGAGGAUGUCUUCAGCACAAACCUCCUCAUAAAGUCAACUAGUUAAGAUAGUCCCAUGGGCCAUAGCAGAAGGAAGCCGGUAGAGUGGAGAUGUUCAGAAAGAGACCUCCUCCAGAGGAGGAGAGAAGGGUCAGAGCCAAUGACAGAGAAUACAAUGAAAAGUUUCAGUAUGCGAGUAAUUGCAUCAUGACAUCUAAGUACAACAUCAUCACCUUUCUGCCCGUCAACCUUUUUGAGCAGUUCCAGGAAGUAGCCAACACCUACUUUCUUUUCCUGCUCAUACUGCAGUUGAUACCUCAGAUCUCCUCCCUGUCCUGGUUCACUACCAUUGUGCCUUUAGCUCUGGUGCUGAGCAUCACUGCAGUAAAGGAUGCCACAGACGACUAUUUUCGUCACAAGAGCGACAACCAAGUGAACAACCGUCAGUCUCAGGUCCUCAUCCGUGGCUCGCUCCAAAAUGAAAAGUGGAUGAACGUUCGAGUGGGUGAUAUUAUUAAACUGGAAAACAACCAGUUUGUGGCAGCUGACCUGCUCCUGUUGUCCAGCAGUGAACCUCACGGGCUCUGUUACAUCGAGACAGCUGAGCUGGACGGAGAGACCAAUAUGAAGGUGCGUCAGUCUGUCUCGGUGACAUCUGAACUCGGAGACCCCAACAACUUGGCUUCAUUCGAUGGUGAGGUAGUGUGUGAGCCCCCCAACAACAAACUAGAUCGGUUCUGUGGCACCCUGUACUGGAGAGAAAAGAAAUACACUCUGACCAACCAGAACAUGCUGCUGCGAGGUUGUGUCCUCCGCAACACUGAGGCCUGUUAUGGUCUGGUCAUCUUUGCAGGCCCAGACACCAAACUGAUGCAGAAUAGUGGUCGCACCAAAUUUAAGCGUACGAGCAUCGAUCGUCUGAUGAACACUCUGGUCCUCUGGAUCUUUGGUUUCCUGGUGUGUAUGGGUGUGAUUCUGGCUGUGGGUAAUGCAGUGUGGGAGAGAGAGGUGGGCUCUUUGUUUCAGAGCUACCUGCCCUGGGACCCUCCUGUAGACAACUUCCUGUUCUCUGCCUUCCUCUCAUUCUGGUCCUAUGUCAUCAUUCUUAACACCGUGGUGCCUAUCUCUCUGUAUGUAAGUGUGGAGGUGAUCAGGCUCGGUCACAGCUACUUCAUCAACUGGGACCAACAGAUGUUUUGCUCACAGUGCAACACAGCAGCUGAAGCCAGGACCACGACUCUGAAUGAGGAGCUGGGCCAGGUUGAAUAUAUCUUCAGUGAUAAAACAGGAACUCUCACGCAGAACAUCAUGAGCUUCAACAAGUGCUCUAUCAACGGACAGACUUAUGGUGAGGUAACAGACCCACUGGGACCUCAGCAGAAGAAACUGGACUUCACUCCCUUCAACCCCCUAGCAGACCCUGAUUUCUGUUUCUAUGACGACACUCUUCUGGAAUCAGUGAAAGUGGGAGACUUGCACACUCAUGAGUUCUUUCGCGUACUUUCUCUUUGUCACACUGUCAUGAGCGAGGAGAAGAGCGAGGGAGAGCUUGUUUACAAAGCUCAGUCUCCAGAUGAGGGCGCUCUAGUGACAGCAGCUCGAAACUUUGGCUUCGUGUUUCGCUCUCGGACACCAGGGACGAUCACCACCACAGAGAUGGGACAAACCGUCACCUACUCACUGCUCGCCAUUCUAGACUUCAACAACAUACGCAAGAGGAUGUCGGUCAUUGUACGUAGCCCCGAGGGAAGGAUCCGUCUGUACUGUAAAGGAGCUGACACUGUGCUCCUGGAAAGGCUCCACCCCUGUAACCAGGAACUGAUGAACAUCACCUCAGACCACCUCAAUGAGUAUGCAGCCGAUGGACUGCGGACCCUGGCCCUGGCCUACAGGGACCUGUCUGAGGACGAGUGGGAGGCGUGGUCAGAGAGUCACCGCUGCGCUGACAAAGCCACCGACUGCAGAGAGGACCGGUUAGCUGCUGCUUAUGAGGAGAUUGAACAAGACAUGAUGCUCCUGGGUGCCACAGCCAUAGAGGACAAACUGCAAGAAGGUGUCCCAGAAACCAUCGCCAUCCUGUCUCUGGCAAAUAUCAAGAUCUGGGUUCUCACUGGAGACAAACAGGAAACAGCUGUCAACAUAGGUUACUCCUGUAAGAUGCUGACAGACGACAUGACUGAGGUGUUUAUCAUAAGUGGACACACGGUUCAGAGUGUACGGCAGGAGCUCAGGAUGGCAAGAGAAAGGAUGAUUGAGUCAUCACGAACAAGAGAAGGAGAGAAAGUGGAGGGAAUGGAAGGGUGGGGGGAGGCCUGUUUUAUGGGGAACGGUUUCAGAGAAGGACAAGAGGAAGAUGAUCCAGAUGUUGAGGGAGGAGGGAAAAAGCUGCGGUGCCCCCCUCCUCCUCCUCAUCCUCCUCCUCCACCACCUCCUGCUUCUCCUCCUCCUGCUUCUCCUUCGCCUCCUUCCAACCUCAUGGACAACAUUUCUGGAGAAUUUGCCCUUGUAAUCAAUGGCCACAGUCUGGCCCAUGCCCUGGAAGCAGACAUGGAGGGAGAGUUUGUGUCCACAGCAUGUGCAUGUAAAGCUGUUAUCUGCUGCAGAGUCACCCCACUGCAGAAGGCUCAGGUGGUGGAGCUCAUCAAGAAACACAAGAAGGCCGUCACUCUGGCUGUAGGAGAUGGAGCUAACGACGUUAGCAUGAUCAAGAGUGCUCAUAUUGGGGUUGGUAUCUCAGGUCAGGAGGGCAUCCAGGCGGUGCUGGCUAGUGACUACUCCUUCUCCCAGUUCCGCUUUCUGCAGCGCCUCCUGCUGGUGCACGGCCGCUGGUCCUACCUGCGGAUGUGUCGCUUCCUCUGCUACUUCUUCUACAAGAACUUUGCCUUCACCAUGGUGCACUUUUGGUUCGGCUUCUUCUGUGGUUUCUCUGCUCAGACGGUGUAUGAUCAGUACUUCAUCACACUCUACAACAUUGUCUACACCUCUCUCCCUGUGCUGGCCAUGGGGAUAUUUGACCAGGAUGUUCCUGACCAAAGGAGUCUGGAGUAUCCUAAACUUUACGAGCCCGGUCAGCUCAACCUGCUCUUCAACAAGAGAGAGUUCUUCAUCUGCAUCACCCAGGGCAUCUACACAUCUGUGGUGCUGUUUUUUGUCCCAUAUGCCGUGCUGUCUAAUGCCACCCAGAGCACCGGAGAGCCUCUCGCUGACUACCAGACAUUCGCUGUCACCACGGCAACCUCCUUAGUCAUUGUGGUCAGUGUACAGAUCGCCCUUGACACUGGCUUCUGGACAAUUAUCAAUCAUGUGUUUGUGUGGGGUUCACUAGGCUCCUACUUCACCAUCAUGUUUGCUCUACACAGUCAGACGCUCUUCAGGAUCUUUCCCAAUCAGUUCCAUUUCGUAGGUAGUGCUCAGAGCACAUUAUUGCAGCCGGUUGUGUGGUUGACUAUUGCACUUGCAACAGCAAUAUGCAUAGUUCCAGUUUUGGCAUUCCGCUUCCUCAAGCUAGACCUCAAACCUCAGCUCUCAGACACGGUGCGUUAUACACAGCUAGUGCGGCAGAAGAAGAGAAAGAUGGUUGGUCGGAACGUGGGAGGUGCCUGGCGUGGAGUGGGCAGCCUGUCAGAGGGUCGUCUGGGUGCUCGCAGCGGUUCCAGGAGGUCAGGCUAUGCCUUUGCCCACCAGGAGGGAUUUGGGGAGCUCAUCACCUCAGGGAAGAACAUGCGGCUCUCAUCUUUGGCCUUGGCCACAUUUGCAUCCAAACACAGUUCCAGCUGGAUCGACACGCUGCGCAGGAAGAAACACACUCACACUCACACUCCUCCCAGCGCCUCGGGGGAGUGCAGCCCAGCACCCAGUUGUGUCUCUGGGUCAGUUCCACCACUUUCAAACUCCUCCUCUGUCCUGGGUGGGUCACAAGACACCCCCAUUGAGGAGGAAACAGACACAGCACCAGCCCAAACUACACAGACUGUUCCCUCUGAAACCCCAGCAACUCCAGCACCUGCUUCAGAAGCAGCCACACCUCCAGGUCCAGCUCAUGCCCACAGCGCCAGCAUCCUCACCCCCGCCGCAGUGAGAGCGCAUGGGGGGGACUCACCUGGAGGUUGGACACUCACUCUGGGGACUGUGCAGGAAGCUCUCUUUGGUUGGAAGGGUAUCACAGCUCGAACCACUGCAUCCAGCAGCCCAAGCCCACCCUGUUCAACCAAGGAAGCCAGCCACGUGGAGUGAAAAUACCAGACUGAAUGGAAGACGUUUGUCCGAUCGUCACUGGCCUUUAAAUUAUUGCACACAAAUAUGGGAAGCAUUACUGAGACCAAUGGAGGACAAAAGUUCAAGGGCCAACUCUAAAAAUGCUUCCCACAGUGCUCUUCUCUCUGAGAUUUUCUGUUUCCUGACUGACACGUGUUAAAAUAAAUCUUUUAAAUCUUAGUCAUAUGAGGAAGUGACACAUCAUGGUGACACAGCCCUCUCUGACUUCAAAUUAAAAUGUAAUGUCGAGAUCAUUUUUCCCUCAACAUAUGAUGACUGUGUUAAUUUAUGAGUGAUAUAACAUCAUAAAUGAAGGGCAGCAGUAGGUGCAGAAACAGAUGGCAGGAUAACGUAUAGUUUCUUGUAAGAAGGUACAACAGAUUGUGCCCACCAGUCAUUUUCCUAUUAGCCUCACAGCGAAAUCACAAAAUGUGUGGAUAUCAGAAUGAUGACAUUGUCGGUCAGUGAGGUGGAGGCAUUAUCAGCUGUACAUGUUCUUGUUUUUGAUGACAAAAAAUGAUACACUUGGGCCUUUAGGUAUGUUCAUUCUAGUUCUCAGUGAGAACGGUUCUUUAAUUUACAGAGCCCAGCACGACUAUCUUGUGCCCCUUUUCUCUCUCUGGUUUGUUUUCUUUUUCUUUUUGCUACACUGUUUUCUUUUCCUUUGGGUGCAUCAUAUUGAUGUGUUUAUAACGGCCAGUUGUCAGUGCUUUCCCAACAAGAGCCCGUACCACUGAUGUCCAGUAUUGUAGCACCACAGUGAAACAUGAACAAAAAGACAAACUGCCACUGGCUUAUUGAAGGCAGUUUGUUGAAUCCUUAGUUGUACCUGUUGUCACUUUGUGUGUGAAUAUCUGUACUCAUUCAUAUAUAUUACGCUGUAGCUGCACCUCAAUAAAGUGGUGUCACUUUUUUGUUUUGCUCAAGAAUGAAGAUAAGAUGUUCUGGGAUAAUCAUGCCUUAAUAUUUCCAAAACAUUGGUCUUUCUGGUUCUUCAAGUGUCAUUAGGCUUUGCUUUACUGAAAUAGCAAAACACAUAAUAAUUUUCACAAAAUGCUCUUGGAUAGAACAAGAAAAAUAUAAAGACUGAAACCAGAGGGAAUAAGCAUGACCUGAGAUCUGACCCUGUAAAUGCAACACAAUGUCAUGAUCUGCAAAAACAUGGCCCAAAAAGAAAAAGUACCUUACAGUGUUUGACAUGUGUGAGGUGAGGUCUUCAAUGGUGAUUAAUAAACUUGUCUCUUU